UGGGCUGCCCAGCACGGCGCCCGCAGGACCCCGGCGGCUACCCAUGCUGAGGUGAGUCCGCGGGAGCCGCUCUCGCCGCCGCCGUCCCGUCCCGUCCCGCUGCCGCCCCGCGCGGCCCCGCCGCCGGCCAGGAUGCUGGAGGAAGCGGGCGAGGUGCUGGAGAACAUGCUGAAGGCGUCGUGCCUGCCGCUUGGCUUCAUCGUCUUCCUGCCCGCGGUGCUGCUGCUCGUGGCCCCGCCGCUGCCCGCCGCCGACGCGGCUCACGAGUUCACCGUCUACCGCAUGCAGCAGUACGACCUGCAGGGGCAACCCUACGGCACACGGAAUGCCGUGCUUAACACUGAGGCGCGCACCAUGGACGCUGACGUGCUGAGCCGCCGCUGCGUGCUCAUGCGGCUGCUGGACUUCUCCUAUGAGCGGUACCAGAAGGCCCUGCGGCAGUCGGCGGGUGCUGUGGUCAUCAUCCUCCCACGGGCCGUGGCCGCGGUGCCCCAGGACGUCAUCCGGCAAUUCAUGGAGAUCGAGCCCGAGAUGCUGGCCAUGGAGACCGUCGUGCCAGUGUACUUCGCCGUGGAGGACGAGGCCCUGCUUUCCAUCUACGAGCAGACACAGGCGGCCUCUGCCUCCCAGGGCUCCGCGUCUGCCGCUGAAGUCCUGCUUCACACCGCCACUGCCAACGGCUUCCAGAUGGUCACCAGCGGGGCCCAGAGCAAGGCUGUGAGUGACUGGCUCAUCACCAGCGUGGAGGGGCGGCUGACGGGGCUGGGCGGAGAGGACCUUCCCACCAUCGUCAUCGUGGCCCACUACGACGCCUUCGGAGUGGCCCCCUGGCUGUCACACGGAGCGGACUCCAAUGGGAGCGGCACCUCUGUGCUGCUGGAGCUCGCGCGCCUCUUCUCCAGACUCUACACGUACAAGCGCACCCACGCCGCGUACAACCUUCUGUUCUUUGCCUCUGGAGGUGGCAAGUUUAACUACCAGGGAACUAAGCGCUGGCUGGAGGAUAACCUGGACCACACAGAUUCCAGCCUGCUCCAGGACAACGUGGCCUUCGUGCUCUGCCUGGACACCGUAGGCCGGGGGGACAGCCUGCACCUGCACGUGUCCAAGCCGCCCCGCGAGGGGACACUGCAGCAUGCCUUCCUGCGGGAGCUGGAGACGGUGGCCGCCCACCAGUUCCCAGAGGUGAGGUUCUCCAUGGUGCACAAGAAGGUCAACCUGGCCGAGGACGCGCUGGCCUGGGAGCACGAGCGUUUCGCCAUCCGCCGGCUGCCUGCCUUCACCCUGUCCCGCCUGCAGAGCCACCGGGCCGGCCAGCGCAGCAGCAUCAUGGACGUGCGGUCCCGGGUGGACUCUAAGAUCCUGACGCGCAACACGCGGCUCAUCGCAGAGGCCCUGACCCGCGUCAUCUACAACUUGACAGAGAAGGGGACCCCACCAGACAUGCCGGUGUUCACGGAACAGAUGGUCCAGCAGGAGCAGCUGGCCUCAGUGAUGGACUGGCUCACCCAGCAGCCCCGGGCCGCCCAGCUGGUGGACAAGGACGGCCCCUUCCUCAGCACGCUGGGGUCCUACCUGAGCCGCUACCUGAAGGAGGUGAAGCAUCACCACAUCAAGGCCGACAAACGGGACCCCGAGUUUGUCUUCUAUGACCAGCUGAAGCAGGUGAUGAACGCCUACAGGGUCAAGCCGGCCAUUUUUGACCUGCUCCUGGCAGUCUGCAUCGGUGCCUACCUCGGGAUGGCCUACACGGCAGUCCAGCACUUCGACCUCCUGUACAGAACAGUCCAGAGGCUGCUCUUGAAGGCCAAGACGCAGUGACAAGGCCGCCCGCCGGGGCCGCGGGGCGCCUUCCACCUGUCCUGCUCCCCGGCCGGCAGGGCCUCGCCCCGCACCUGCCCGGCAGCUGAACUCUGAAUUACAGAGCUGCUCUGUGUUGCUCUUGAGGCUUCGGAGGGUUCUUUCUCUCUCUUGGAGGAGCAUCCGAUGGGGGGCCCAGGGCCAGGCCACAGGCUUGGGGGAAACCCAGCCCUGGCGGUGGCCUGGUGGCCCUCAGGGCUUGUGCCCAGCGCAGCCUGGGUUCCCUCUUGCCCACAAUGCUGGCUGGAUGGCAGGCCGAGGGGUCAGGGCCACCCUGCACCCUGGCUCUGGGCAUCCUCAACACCAUCCUGACCUCCGUGGCAACUGGGGUGCUCUUCCCUCUUGUCCAAAGGGGGCAGCGCCAGCCUCCGUGUUCCGGCCCCUCCCUGGAAGCCUUGAGCCCCCCACCUGCUGGGUAGAGGGGAGUCAGCUCCGUGCAGCCUUGGGACAUGUCCCCUGGGCCUGCGGUGGGCGGCGGGCGCCCUGAAGACCCCGUGGCCUCCCUGCCCCCUGCUGUGCGGUCGGCCCCGUGCCGCUUACCCUCCUUCAGCUUCUUGCCUCCUCUGCCCCCCCACCCGUAGCUGCACCUCCUCUCGCCCCACCUGGGCCCCCGAGGCUCUCCCGCAGUGGCUGUGAUCUGGCCCGUUCCCCUGGGGACCUGGGUGGUGCCAGCAGUCUCUGGGGCAAGGGGAGGCCGCCCUGGGCCUCAGGUUUCCUGGUCUGUACAAAGGAGCCUAUGUUCUGGGGUGCUGGUGCCUCUCCCCCAGGUCGGGGCUAGAGGAGGGCAUUUGCUGGGGAAGACAUGACCAUGGGGCCUGCAGGGCUGCCCUCCCCGCGACCUGGAGUGGAAGGUUUGGAUCUGAAACCCAUAAGCCAGGCACUUCGGGGGCGUGAGCCCCUGGUAAGGGAGGAGGGGCGGUGGGUGUGGACAGGCACAGAGCUCAGGGAGACCCAGGUGUGCCGAUUCAUUAGCAAUAUAAUCAGCCGGGUGUCACGUGCUGGUCGGGCAGCUUCCGGGUGGGAGAAGGGCUCUGGGGCAGCCCGGCAGCCGGGCAGCCCCGGGCAGGUGUUGAGGGGACUGAGGCCUGGGGGCCGGCGCUGCUGCCCCCUCCCUGAUGCCAACUCCUGGGGUGGGGGAGGCAUCGCACCCCUCAUCUCUGGACCACUGUCCCAGCUUCCCGGGCCCUGGGAGGGCAAAGCACACAGGCUAGAGGAUGCUGAAGGGUCUUUUCUGCCUUGGGCCCCUUCUCCACCCCACUGGGUGGCCUGUCUCCCUUAGACUGUUUACCGAGCGUCUGGCAGCCCAGCCGCCUCGAGGCAGGGCACCGAUGGGGGUGGGCCUGUCCUCCCCUGGGAGAGGCGCCUGUGACGUGCCAUCCAGUGUGGCCAGGAGAGCGUCCUUCCUCCCGGGCGGGUCAGGAGGGUCGUGGGGCGGUGAUGAGAAAUAAAGCCAUAUCAAAUGAUCA